UUUGAAAAAUAAAAAUUUGGAGAGUGUUGGACUUUAGGGACGGAAAGCGAGAAAGAGAGAAAGAGGAGAGAGGUGUUUGCCAAUGCCAUUGCCAUCAAGUCAACCUUUUUUCUUUGAGACCUUCAAAAUCCUUGUUGGCUGUUGCCCCUAUAAUAACUCAAGUGGGACAUCUUUGUCGUUUCUUUGGGAGGUCCUACUAUCCCACUAGUUGCUCUUCGCUGUUUCUUUCUCUUCUGCCCUUUGUUUGGUGCUUCCUUUCGCUUGUUUUAUAUAGUUUAUGCACAUUUCCAAGCUGCUUCCUUUUCUGUGCUUUCUUCUCUAAUAUCUAUAUAUCCAAAGAUCCGAUUUUUUUCUUAAUCUGGGUAUUGAAUUUUUGUCGUUUUGUUUGGUUGUUGUUGAAGGUGAAAGAAAGUCUGGUUUCUUGGUAUGUUUUUAAACUCCUUUUUUUGUUUUUGUUUUUAUGGAUGUUCUUUGUAUGAGGAAACGAUGCUGAUUCUUCGAAUUGAAGCAUCUGGGGCCUUUUGAUAUUUGGCAAACUUUACUGGGUAAUUCUUUGAAAUUGUGGUUGUUUUGGCUUUUGGAUUUAAUUGGUUGAUUUUUUGGUUAGCUUGAGAGGGGGAAGGCAAUUAGAUAAAAAAGGGGUUUUUGCUUUAGUUUAUAUUUUGUUUUCCGAUUAGUUUGAACUGAGAUUUCAUGCUUGGUUCAAGACAAUGGAGAUGUUUAUUGCCCGAUUUAUAUUUCUUUAGCAUUGGAUCAUUGGAUGCUAUAGCUUGGUGAAAUAAUAUGAAGAACCUUCUCAAGAAACUGCAUAUGAUGUCUAAUCAAUCGGAAGAUGUAGAAGAGUCGACUUCAUCAAGAGGCAACAACAAGUCCAGUGAUGUAUCAUCAUCCCCUGAUCGACCUUUGCACUCAAGGUCCCAUCAUAAUCCUGAGAAUAAUAAAACAUCUUCUGUUCUUUCCAAUUGGUUAAAUUCAGCUGCUAAUAGAAAAAGUCCUAGUCCACCAUCCUCUUCAAAUAUGAAAAAGGAGGAAACCAUGGAACCUACUGAUUCAGUUAGUACUAGUGGAUUGGAGGCUGCUUUGGAUGCAAUAAGGCGCGAUUCAGGGUCUAGUAACUCAAGAGAUCCUGAUGUAGAAGAGGAGUAUCAGAUACAAAUGGCUCUGGAGUUGAGUGCCAGGGAAGAUCCUGAGGCAGCUCAGAUUGAGGCUGUUAAGCAAAUUAGUUUAGGUUCUUGUGCUCCGGAGAAUACUCCAGCUGAACUUGUUGCAUACAGAUAUUGGAAUUAUAAUUCUCUUAAUUAUGAUGACAAGAUCCUGGAUGGCUUUUAUGACCUGUAUGGAAUUCUAACCGAAUUGACUUCAGAAAGAAUGCCUUCACUUCUUGAUCUGCAAGGGAUGUCAGUUUCAGACAAUGUCUCUUGGGAAGCAGUUUUGGUCAAUAGGGCUUUUGAUGCAAAUUUGUUGAAACUUGAAGGAAAAGCACUAGAGAUGACUGCGAAGUUAAGAUCAGAAUCUUUGGCUUUUGUCAGCAGCAAUCUGGUGCAAAGGCUUGCAGUUUUAGUUUCUGAAUAUAUGGGUGGACCAGUUGCGGAUCCUGAGAAUAUUUCACGAGCCUGGCGAAGUCUUAGUUACAGUUUAAAAGCUACCCUUGGCAGCAUGGUUUUGCCACUUGGUUCUUUAACAAUUGGGUUGGCUUGUCAUCGUGCAUUGUUGUUCAAGGUUUUGGCUGAUAGUGCUGGCAUUCCUUGCCGGCUGGUGAAGGGGCAGCAAUAUACAGGUUCUAAUGACAUGGCAAUAAACUUUGUAAAGAUUGAUGAUGGAAGGGAAUACAUUGUUGACCUAAUGGCAGAUCCUGGCACACUUAUUCCUUCCGAUGCAGCGGGAUCUCAUGUGGAAUAUGAUGAUUCUUUCUUUUCCACCAGUCCUUUGUCUAGAGACAUUGAUUCAUCCCAUAUGGCCUCUUCUAGUAGUGGGGUUGGGAGUUCAUUUGAAGACAAUGCAGAAUUUGGGACACUGGAGAAGAGAUCCAGGUUCAAAAACUUUGCUGCUGCAGGAGACCAAUCUGAUGAAAGAGGUGAUUUUAAUGCUUUUGUAAAUUUGUCAGGGGCAGCAAGAAGUGGGGAGCAAUCCAAGGAAUCCAUGGAUGACUUUAAAACCCCUUCCAAUGUGGAGAAGGCACCUGUGCGAGAGCAUCCCAACAGAUCUAAUUACCCUUAUGCGCAUAUGAAAUCUCCUUCCUGGACAGAAGGUAUUAGCUCCCCUGCUGUGCGUGGGAUGAAGGUGAAAGAUGUCUCACAGUACAUGAUUGAUGCUGCCAAGGAGAAUCCACAAUUAGCUCAAAAACUUCAUGAUGUGUUACUUGAGAGCGGUGUUGUUGUUCCCCCUAACUUAUUUACUGAGAUUUAUUCCGAGCAGUUAGAUACAUCAACUAUCGAAGUCAGGCUGCCAACUGAAACUAAUGAUGAAAAUAGACAGGGCACUGGACCUCGCAAAAGUAAGAAUCAAGAUGAUUUUGGACCUUCUCAUUGCUUGCCUCCUCUACCCCAUCGCAAAGUAUAUGCUAAAGCAAGCUCUCCUCAUAACCAACCUGAGCAUCUUAAAACUGUGGAAGGCCUAAAGGUCACUCAUCCAUUUGAUACAAGGGAAGUCAUUGGACCACCUGUGUCAUCACAAUCUGAAGUGGCUCCUAUUCAAUAUGCCAGAAAUGUCCCAGUUGCUGCAGCAGCAGCAGCGGCUGCUGCUGUUGUUGCGUCUUCGAUGGUUGUUGCCGCUACAAAGUCAGGCACUGAUUCAAAUGUUGAACUUCCUGUAGCAGCUGCUGCUACUGCUACUGCUGCUGCUGUUGUGGCAACUAGUGCAGCUGUGACUAAGCAUAAUGAGCGUAGUGAUGGAGAGGCUGCCUCAGCUGGUUGUGAGCCACAAGGUAGUGGUGAAAGGGAGCAUGAUGCCUUGGGGGUAAAUUUUGAAGGUGCGAGAAUAUCAGAUAGAUCAGCUGGUAAUGAUAAUUCAAAGUCUGAUGUUGCCCUUGAUGAUGUUGCAGACUGUGAGAUUCCUUGGGUCGAAAUCAGCUUGGGUGAGCGCAUUGGACUUGGAUCAUAUGGUGAGGUUUAUCGUGGAGAAUGGCAUGGGACUGAAGUUGCCGUGAAGAAGUUCCUGGAUCAAGAUAUCUCUGGGGAAUCACUUGAAGAAUUCAAAAGUGAGGUCCUAAUCAUGAAAAAACUCAGACAUCCCAAUGUUGUUCUUUUCAUGGGAGCUGUAACUCGUCCUCCAAACCUUUCAAUUGUAACAGAAUUUCUUCAUAGAGGUAGUUUGUAUAGGUUAAUUCACAGGCCAAACAAUCAAUUAGAUGAGCGGAGGCGUUUGAGAAUGGCUUUUGAUGCUGCUCGGGGAAUGAAUUACUUGCACAAUUGUACUCCAGUGAUAGUACAUCGUGAUUUGAAAUCCCCAAAUCUUUUAGUUGAUAAAAAUUGGGUUGUGAAGGUUUGUGAUUUCGGUUUAUCACGGAUGAAGCACAGCACAUAUCUAUCAUCAAGGUCAACUGCAGGGACGAUCCUAUCUAUUUUAAGAUGCCUUCUUCAGGCUGAGUGGAUGGCUCCAGAAGUACUACGAAAUGAACCUUCAAACGAGAAGUCUGAUGUUUACAGCUUUGGAGUUAUCUUAUGGGAGCUCUCUACAUUGCAACAACCAUGGGGAGGAAUGAAUCCAAUGCAAGUUGUUGGUGCAGUAGGAUUUCAGCACCGUCGUCUUGACAUUCCAGAUGACAUGGAUCCUGUCAUUGCAGAAAUUAUUAGAAAGUGUUGGCAGACAGAUCCAAAAUUGAGGCCAACAUUUGCAGAAAUUAUGGCUGCUUUGAAGCCACUGCAAAAGCCUGUAACAAGUUCACAAGUACCUAGAUCAACUGUAUCUUUAAGUAGUGCCCAUUGAUAGGGGUUGGCCAUGAAGUGUUGCAGAAGGCUUAGCAGGCCAAGAGAGAAAGCUCAAGACAGAAGUGCGCCUGGCUUUAUUGAAUUGCCAGCGGUUGGCAGGUCCUGAACUGUAUGGGACGUAUGAGCACACAUGAUUGAAGAUUACACAAUAUAUACUCCGAUUUUGGAUGAUAUGUUUCUUUCUCUUUUUGUUUCUUCUUUUCUGGGUAUCAGGGAUGCAGCCAUUUUUAUUAAUGUUGUGCAUUUGUUUGUAAACAGAAAGAAAAAAUGAAAGUUGUUGUAAUUAUCAAUGCUUUUCCUCAUCUUGU